AUGCUGUUGGGAUCGCUGAUGAGCUAUGGCAUGGGCUCAAUGUGGGGCGGUCACUCGAUGAUGAUGCCAAGCUAUGGAGGUGGUCUCGGAAUGGGUGGAGGCUAUUAUUCGGAUAAUGACACCAACAUUACGAACAACUACUACAACACUCCAGACCCGAGUGCGUCCGGAGGAGCAGCCAUCGACGCUGGUCAAUCGCAUCCCGCCGUAGAAGAUGUCACUAAUAAUCAGGAUGACGCGUUCGGCACAGACAAUCAGCCUCAAGACGACGUCGUAGAUGAUACUGAUGCCAAUCAGGAUGACGUGGCCGACAAUGAUUAUCCGGCUGAUGAUGGCGUCGUAGAAGAGGCUGACCAUGAUCAGUAA